AUGGUGAAUAACGAGGACGAUGACGACAUGAGUUGUGAUGAUUCACAUAGAUCGAAUGCCGGUAUCUAUGGUGCGGUGUUUAAUCUAACCACGACGGUAAUCGGGGCUGGAAUCAUGGCAUUACCGGCUGCCAUGAAAGUUCUUGGCUUGAUUGUUGGCAUUACGAUGAUUUGCUUGAUUGGUGUUUUAGCACAAAUUAGUGCCGAGUUGCUUAUUCGGUUUACGGUUCAAUGCAAAGCGACGUCGUAUGGGGAGGUUGUGCAACAUGCGUUAGGAUCACCGGCGAGAAUCUUAUCCGAAAUUUUUAUAAUUGUGAACAAUGCCGGUGUUUUGGUGGUUUAUUUGAUCAUUAUGGGUGAUGUAAUGUCGGGUUCGGCUCGCCAUGCAGGGGUUUUGGAACAAUGGUUCGGUAAUGGGUUUUGGGACAAUAGGAAUCUCGUGAUGUUUAUCGUGUUGAUCGUGUUUCUAGCGCCACUUUGUGCGUUGGAUAGGAUAGAAUCUUUGAGUUUGACUUCUGCUGCUUCUGUGGUUCUCGCAGUUCUUUUUGUGACAAUCACUUGUGUUGUCGCGUCUAUCAUGUUGAUUGAGGGUAAAACCGCGCCUCCUAGGCUAAUUCCGGAUGUGAGUUCAAAAAAGUCGAUUAUUGAACUUUUAGUUAUAAUCCCCGUCAUGUCGAAUGCAUACGUUUGUCACUUUAAUAUUCAACCGAUUUAUAACGAACUCGAAGGGCGUUCGCCUAGAAAGAUGAACAAAGUUGGUAGGAUAACAACGGUUAUUUGUAUUAUGAUCUAUUGCUUGACCGCAGUUUCGGGUUAUCUUUUAUUUGGGAAAAACACGGAAGGCGAUGUGCUAACAAACUUCGAUAAGCCUCUUGGGAUUCGGUUUAGUACAACUUUAAACUUUGUCGUUCGUGUGGGUUACAUUUUUCAUUUGAUUCUCGUGUUUCCGGUGAUUCACUUUUCGUUAAGGCAAACUGUUGAUGAGUUGGCUUUUAGUGGCGCAGUGCCACUAUCGGAGAGCAAGAAUAGAUGUUUAGGGUUAACAUGUGCGCUUUUGGGGAUUAUAUAUACAGCGUCGAUCAUGAUCCCGAGUAUAUGGACUGCUUUUAAGUUUACGGGUGCAACCACGGCUGUGUCAUUAGGGUUCACGUUCCCAGCACUUAUCGCGCUACGGUUGGGCCACAAAGGACCGCUUGGUCUUAGUAGUCGAGACCGGUCGUUGUCAUGGGUAAUGUUGGUUCUAGCGAUCAUCGUUAGCAUUGUUGGAGUGGUUGGCAACAUUUAUGGUAUGCAAGAUGGAUCUAGUGAAUGA